AUGGGUGGAUUUGCUUUGAAGAGGAAGGCCAAUGGAGUGGUAUAUGGGAAGAGAAUACAUUGUUCAGCACAGCUUCCUCCCCCAGCCUGGCCAGGGCGGGCUGUUGUUGCGCCUCAUCGUAAGACUUUUGAUGGUCCAAAGCCUAUCUCAAUUGUUGGAUCCACUGGUUCUGUUGGUACUCAGACAUUGGACAUAGUUGCGGAGAAUCCAGACAAGUUCAGAGUCUUGGCACUUGCGGCUGGUUCAAAUGUCAUUCUUCUUGCUGAUCAGGUCAAGACCUUCAAACCUCAAUUAGUUUCUGUCAAAAAUGAGUCAUUAGUUGAUGAACUCAAAGAGGCUUUGGCGGAUGCGGAACACAUGCCUGAAAUUAUUCCUGGAGAGCAGGGCGCUAUUGAAGUUGCUCGCCACCCGGAUGCUGUCACUGUAGUAACAGGAAUAGUUGGUAGCGCAGGAUUGCAGGUGCAUGAGCAUCCAUCCAAAAGUAUAAUAGGCAAGAUGUUUUGUUUUCUUUGUUGGCCUACAGUGGCUGCCAUAGAAGCAGGGAAAGGCAUAGCCUUGGCCAAUAAAGAGACCUUAAUUGCUGUCAGUCCUUUUGUCCUUCCUCUUGCGCACAAGCAUAAAUUGAAAAUUCUUCCUGCCGAUUCAGAUCAUUAUGCUAUAUUCCAGGGUCUAGAAGUUAUCGAAGCUCACUAUCUUUAUGGGUCAGCAUAUGAUGAAACUGAGAUUGUUAUUCAACUCCAGUCUAUCAUACACUCAAUGGUUGAGAUACAGGAUUCAUCUGUCCUUGCACGGUUGGGAAGAUCUGAUAUGCGUCUGCCAAUCCUCUACAUAUUAUCCUGGCCAGACAGAAUUUACUGCUCUGAGAUUACUUGGCUUGGGUCGCUGACAUUUAAAGUUCCUGACAAUGUGAAAUACCCAUCCAUGGAUUUGGCAUAUGCUGCUGGCCGAGCUGGAGGCACCAUGACUGGAGUUCUUAGUGCAGCUAUCAAGAAAGCUGUCGAACCAAUUAUCGAUGAAAAGAUCAGCUUCCUGGACAUUUUUAAGGUCGUGGAGCUAACAUCUGAUAAGCAUCAGGCAGAGCUGCUGUCGUCGCCUUCGCUUGAGGAAAUCAUACAUUAUGACUUGUGGGCACAGCGAUAUGCUGCCAGUUUCCAACCCUCGGCUGGUUUGAGUCCGGUUCUUGUAUGACCACUCGACAUUCGAGUCGAUAAAUGGCCAUCUUUGUUGAGGUAUGCAAUGCAGGAAGCUAAUUGUAUACCAGUGUUGAAGAUGAACAAGUCUGUAUUCCAUCUAUAAGUUUUAAAUCAAUGUACUCAUCUCCAAAUAUGAAGGAUGGUCGUAUUAAUAUUGAAAUAUCCGAAAUUUAAGCUUAUGUUUUUGGACCAUAUUU